AGCCGCGCGAUCGCGAGGAGGUUAACCGUGGAGCCGGCGGCCGCGGCGCGGGCUGGGAAGCGGGAGGCUCGAGCGCGCGAUCCCGGCGCAGCCGGCGGGGGCGCACGGGGACGCGCGGGCGCGAGCGCGGGGAUGGAGGACGGCUUGGCCGGGCCCCGGCUCGGGGCGGCGGAGGAGGCGGCCGAGGCGCUAGCGCGGCCCGGGGUGACGCUGCGGCCCUUCACGCCCCUCUCGGGGGCGGCAGAGGCGGACGAGGGCGGCGGCGACUGGAGCUUCAUCGACUGCGAGAUGGAGGAGGUGGACCUGCAGGACCUGCCCAGCGCCACCAUCGCCUGCCACCUGGACCCGCGCGUGUUCGUGGACGGCCUGUGCCGGGCCAAAUUCGAGGCCCUGUUUAGGACAUAUGACAAGGACAUCACCUUUCAGUAUUUUAAGAGCUUCAAAAGAGUCAGAAUAAACUUCAGCAACCCCUUAUCUGCCGCAGAUGCCCGACUCCGGCUGCACAAGACUGAGUUUCUGGGAAAGGAAAUGAAGUUAUAUUUCGCUCAGACAUUACACAUAGGAAGCUCACACCUGGCUCCGCCAAAUCCAGACAAGCAGUUUCUGAUCUCUCCUCCCGCCUCUCCACCGGUUGGUUGGAAACAAGUGGAAGAUGCUACUCCAGUCAUAAACUAUGAUCUUUUAUAUGCUAUCUCCAAGCUGGGGCCAGGGGAAAAGUAUGAGUUGCACGCAGCGACCGACACCACACCCAGCGUGGUGGUCCACGUGUGCGAGAGCGACGAAGAGAAGGAGGAAGAGGAGGAGGUGGAGAGGAUGAAGAGACCCAAGCCAAAAAUCAUCCAGACCAGGAGGCCGGAGUACACGCCAAUCCACCUGAGCUGAGCCGGCGCACGGACGAGGGAGCAUUCCAAAUCGUACUCACGGGGAGGAAUCUUUUACUGUGGAAGUGGCCGGUCACGACUUUGGAGGUGGCAGCUGUGAUUGUGUGGCAGAAAUUCCAGUUCAUGUUGCUCAGAAGAGAAUCAAGGCUUUGUUUCCUUGUUCUGAUGCUGCACAUCAGUCAAUGUUCAUGGCCCCCGAGAAUGUCUUGGGCCAAUCACUGAGUUUGUGGUGAUCGCACAAGGACAUUUGGGACCGUCUUGAGAAAACCGUUAACAGUAGUGUUUUGUACUUGUUCUUUUCUGGUAGGUUCUGUUUUUGCCAAGGGCAGGUUGAUCAGUGGGUCCGGGGAGACCUUUCCAUUUCUGACCAGCCUUCAGGGUUGACUCUCUACUGAUGGGAAGAGGCACCACACAAAGCCACCUAGUGCAGAAAGGUUGUGGAAACGACAACAAUGCAAUGUGGAAAUUGUAGUGUUUCAUUUCUUCCCUCAUGUUCUAAUGUUUGUGCAUGUAUGUUACUGAUUUUGGAGACUAACCUUUGUUCGUAUAUAAAGUUACACCCCUGUUGUUUUACAUCUUUUGGGAAGCUAGGAAAGCAUUUGGAAAACGUAUCACCUUUCCAUCCAGAUUGUCAACUCUCUUUGCAACAGCACUCACACGUGGAAUUCCACCUGAAACACAUCCAUUCAGCACCCUAUCCAGUGCAACAUGUAACUUGUGCUUUUGCAAAAAAAAAAAAAAAAAAAGUUGAUCUGAAGUUCCUACGUAGAGUUUAGCUUAUGCAAUUCAGAGAAUAGCAGUUUCACUGCCAACUUUUAGUGAGUGAGAAAUUUUAGUUUAGGUGUUUGGGGUUGGACAUUGGGUUUCCGUUACUUCUUUCCUGUGGUGGUUUAUAUACAUGAAUCAUAGCCAAAAAACCUUUUGGGGAACUGUUGGUUGAGAUAGUUGAUUUUUUUACCCCACUAAGACAUCAAGAUAAACUUGUAAAUAAAGCUGAUAACAUAUAUUCAUACCUGUUAUACACUUGGGUGAAAAACAUGGCGGUGGAAGAAUAGUGUAAGAUGUGUUAACCUACCUGUGAAUCAUAUGUUGUAGAACACGCUGUUCACAUGUUUAACAGGACUUGAAGUCAAAGCAUGUAAAGUGGAUAGUAGCUCUGUGGUGAUAUGAGAGGGAUGCAGUGCCUUUCCCCAUUAAUUCCUGAUGGAAUUGUUACCCUAGGUUAACAUUUGUAAUUUUUUUCUAGUCGUAAUGUGUAUGUCUUCUGGUAAAUAGGUAUUAUAUUUUGGCCUUACAAUACCAUAACAAAGUUUGUCAUUUUGAAAUACCUAACGCCAAGUAACAAUGCAUGCUUUGGAAAUUUGAAAGAUGGUUUUCUUUGAGAAGCAAAUAUGUUUGCAUUAAAUUCUUUGAUUGUUCAUAUCAAGAAAUGGAUUGAAUGUUCUCAAAACCCUGUUUACAGUGCUUGGUAAGAGGGAGCCGGUAAGGGAGAGACCAUUGCAUAGCUGUUCAAGUGUUUCUAGUUAAGUGCUUUUAAACUGGAGAGGCUAACCUCAAAAUAUUUUUUUUAACUGCAUUCUAUAAUAAAUCAGCACAAUAUGCUCUUUAC